AUGAAAGAAAAGAAAGAAGAGAAGGAAAAAAGCCAUAUUGAGAAAAUUAUUGAAGUAUCAACUCCAAGUCAGAUCUUUUGACUUGCUCUGACGCUGAUCCUCCUGGGGUAUACCCCAAAACUGAUUCACAGCUGAUACUCAUACACAAGAUUUAGGAGGUUGGAAAAACCUGAGUACACACACGAAUCUUUUGAAGACUUCUGGAUAGUGAUUCCCUGUUCAAUAGUCCUUAGGCUUUUAAAGAUGUUUAUCAAUACAUAUACCUAUGAAUUCUUUAAGAGAAAGCUUAAUCACAAAUACUCAGGUGAUGAACUUGAUCGAAAAAUAAAGAAAUGUACAAGAGGAAUAUUUAAGGUAUUAUACUUCUCCUUCACUUUUUAUCUUGGACUAUUUAAGGUUCUUAAGAUGACGAACUUCGCUCCAUCUGUAAUGUUUGGAAAUGGAGAGCUUCUAUACACUGUAGGCGAUUGGCCGUACACCCCAAUGCCUUCCACUUUGAAGUUCUAUUACUUGCUCUCAUUCAGUUAUUAUGUAGAAGACGGUAUCGUUCAUCUUUUCCUCCCGCCUAAUUAUGAUUACUGGGAAAUGGUCCUCCACCAUGUCAUCACUUGCAUGCUGAUCUUUUCUUCGUAUAUGAGUGGCUUCUGGUGCAUUGGAAUCUUUGUCCUGAUUCAGAUGGACUUCGAAGAUAUUUGGAUUGGCCUUAUCAGAGUCAUCAUGGAUUUCUCAAGUGUAGCUACUUUGUCUUUAUUGUACCUACUCCUGAUGGCAGGGUGGGGCUGGUUCAGAUUUUAUACCUUUUCCUACUGAGUUUUUUACUCUUUUGCGAUGGGAAUAAGAGUGGCUGUCGAUAAUUAUUCACACGUUGUGAGUGUAAUGGCUAUGUUGCUGGCGACUCUUCUUGGGUUAAACAUCUACUGGUUUGCUCUCUUGCUUAAAAUGGGAAUCACUUUAAUAAGAGGGAAACCAAAGGAUCUUCAAAUGGUAGUCACGAAGAAAGAAAUGGAUGAACAAAAUUAAGUUAUUUUUCUUCUAAAAUCACUCUUAAAAGGCAAACAUUUAAAAUCUAAAUAUAUAUACCUCUCAUUUUCAAAAUAUUUUGAGGGUAUCACAGUUUCUUUUCUGAAAUAUCGGUUUUUUGGGGAAACUC